AUGUCCUCGGCUAACCGCUCAAACUCAAAGAGACAACCCAUCAAUGGCAUCUCUAUCUCUAUACAUCGAGAAAAUGGAAUCCGCCGUGACCAACAAACCACCCCUACAACGCCUACAACUCCAACAAGACCACAAAGACCCCCACUCACUCCGACAAUCUCGUCUCCUGCACGCAAGAAAGGUGUAAAAGACUUUGAAUUUGGUAGACUUCUUGGCGAAGGAUCUUAUUCAACUGUUGUAGCGGCUAGAGACCGUGUAACGCAACGAGAAUAUGCCAUUAAAAUACUGGAUAAGAAACAUAUAAUCAAAGAGAAAAAGGUUAAAUAUGUAAAUAUCGAGAAAAAUACUUUAAAUAAAAUGACUCAUCCAGGAAUAGUUCGUCUUUACUACACGUUCCAAGAUAAGGAUAGUCUAUAUUUUGUAUUGGAUCAUGCAAAGAACGGUGAACUAUUGAACUUCAUAAAAAAGCUUAGCUCCUUUGAUCUUCGUUGUACACAAUUCUACGCAGCACAAAUAUUAUCAGCAAUAGAGUAUAUGCAUAAUCAAGGAGUCAUUCACAGAGAUUUAAAGCCGGAAAAUCUUCUGUUGGAUGAGAAAAUGCACAUCAAGGUAACAGAUUUUGGAACAGCCAAAAUUCUAGAGCAAAACAGUGAUGGAAAAGAAGACGAUCGGGCAAAUUCGUUCGUUGGGACAGCGGAAUAUGUUAGUCCAGAAUUGCUUAAGGAAAAGGCUGCUUGUAAGAGUUCAGAUUUUUGGGCUCUCGGUUGCAUUGUAUAUCAAUUAAUUGCAGGUCGACCUCCAUUCAAAGGACCCAACGAAUAUAUAACUUUCCAAAAAAUUGUGGGUCUUGAGUAUACCUUCCCCGAAGGGUUUCCCGCUGUAGCCAGAGAUCUUGUUGAAAAGUUAUUGGUAAUUGACCCAUCUAAGCGACUUGGGGCUGGUGGCCAAGCUGGAGUUGAUAGACUAAAAAACCACAAAUUUUUCGAUGAUAUAAAAUGGGAUACUUUAUGGCAACAACCUGCACCUAAAUUAUUGCCAUAUUUACCAUCUAAUCCAAAUCAUAAUAAAGAAGAACUUCGAACUCCUUCUGCCAUGUACCUUCAAAAGCUUUCUACAAAUCACAGUGGUGAUACUACUAGUAGUCCAGUCUCGACCGGACUUAAACAACGUGAUCCUUUUCGACUGGAGAGUUGGGCUAGUGAAAUGGAUGGAGCAACAGAAAAAAUGGAUCCAAUAAAAGCGCAAAAAUUAGAAGAACAAAAACGAACUUCUUCGCAAUGCUGUUGCUCGACCUUUUUGUUUUGGCUUCAUGACUCUCAUCGUCAUGAAAAACCAUUAUCACCUUCCUCACCGAUAAACACUAUUCUAUCAAGGAUUCCGUUUCUAUCAAAAACUGAACUAAUUCUUCGUGCCGGUCCUAUCAACAAACGCAAAGGGCUUUUCACCAAACGGCGUCUAUUGAUAUUGACAGACUUACCAAGGUUAAUUUACUUUGAACAAGAGAAACAAGAGAAAAUGUCGCAAAAGGGUGAGAUAUAUUGGAGUUCAAGAAUGGUCGUGGAAUUAAAGAACAAGAAAAACUUCUUUAUACAUACGCCACAGAAAACUUAUUAUUUUGAAGACCCUACUGCGACAGCUCAUGAAUGGGUAAACAAGAUUAAUGAAUUAUUGGUAGAAAACUAUGGAAACAUGUUUUAA